AUGGCCACAUCCUUGCACCCGCUGAAGCUUUACAAGGGCAGGAAGUCAGUGCCAGAAGCUUCUCUCAUAAUUGUAGGAGAAAUCUUACCUACCCGGUUCUGGGUAGACAAAGUGGGUAGCUGGAAAAGCAGUUUUGGGUCACUGAGGAACGCUAAAUUCACUAUCUCAUUGGGAGAACCGCGUGAUGAAGAGUUUGCCAAGGAUUGGGCCAAUGCUGUUGGUAGAAUCAACGGCGCCAUAGUGCAUAUAGGAGGGGCAAGAGACGAAAAAACCAGGAACUGUAUACACAUGGAAAACGAUUCUACACAGAUACGACUGUCCACUCCUAUCUUCGAGCCUUUGGAGCCAGGAGCAAUAGUGAUGGAUGAAGUAAUUCAAAGAUGGCAAGUCGACGCCGAGCAUCAACAAGCCCUCAAUGCAUUAAAGAGGACCCAUAAAAUUUGCCCUCUUCGUGUUUUCGACAUAGAUGACAGACCCAUCGGUGUCAUGAACAUGCCAGCUUUAAUGAAAGGUGCAUUAGCCGAGGUCCAUUUCUCCAUAAGACACUGGGCAAUCUACCGGCCUGAUCAGCCUGCCCAGCACUCCUUUUCCUGCACUUUGAACCAGAUAUGUUUGCUGAAGAGACCACCUCCUGCUGUUCAGAAUCCUUACAAAACCACUCGUACUUUAUACCAUCCCUUACUAGUACAAGAGACCUCUACAGCAGAUGCCAACAGCAGUCGAAGCCACACAUAA